CGGACGAUAACUUUAAAAAAUGACCUUUGAAAUACGAAAAUUCAAACUUGGCUUAGGCAAACAACGCAGACUGAAAUCCUUUACGCGUUUGUUUGAAGAAAGAUUGAAGAGAAAUCCGCUUUUAUCUCAAAUAUCUCUCUUAUUGUUGUUGGAAUAGAAGCAUUGAUAGCACGUCUGUGUUAGUGAAGAGACAAGUCCAUGUCUGAUACUCGUUAAAACGAUUUUGUAACAUUUUAAAUUAAUUUGUUAUAAAUUGUACGGCAAAAUGAGAAACUCUUCUGUGACUGUAUCGCCUAUAUAUUUUAAUGUGGCAGAGUACUGUUUAUUCGGAAUAAACCUCGGUGUUAUUAUUGGUGUUAUUUUGUAUUUUAUUGUGGUGAAUAGAAAAUACAAUACAGUAGCCGGUUUUCUUUUCGGCGGGAAAAAUAUGUCAGUUAUAUCUAUUUCGUUUGCUCUUAUUGCAAGUCAUUUGACAAGUAUAACUUUGUUGGGUGUACCGGUUGAAAUUUACCUCCGAGGCACGCAGUACUGGGCGUCAGCUCUCUCGCUUAUCGGCGUCACAUUUCUUACAGCUGUCAUCUAUUUACCAGUGUUCCAUAAGCUACAAUUGUCCUCUAGUUUCGAGUACCUGGAAAUAAGGUUCUCCACGCAUACGCGCACGAUUGCUGCUGUGCUGUUUGUAAUCAGCAAGAUGAUGUUACUGCCGAUAGUUCCCUACGUACCGCUGCUUGCAUUCAGAUUAGUCACCAACCCCUUUGCUGGUCGAAUCACUGCAGUGAUUUGCGUAGCCUGUGCGACGUUUAUUGCAGUCGGAGGUCUUAGAGCUAUCGUUAGCAUCGGCAUUGUGACUACGUUUCUCGCUUUAGCUGGCACUGCAUUGCCAAGCGGGCUUGCUCUGUUGCCUAUGGGAUUCAAAAAAAUGUGGGAAAUUGCUAGUGACGGUGGGCGACUUGUACUUUAUGAUCCAGAUCCCGAAUUGGCUCAUCAUACGUCCUUCUUCGCUGUAACUCUCGCGCUUAGCACCAACUGGCUAUGGAAGAUAGCGCUCAGUCAGUCGACCCUGCAGAAGCUACUUGCCGUGCCAACUAUUGGAAAGGCCAGAUUAUGCUUGGCAAUUUCCUGUGCUGGGGUUAUACUCAUGAAGCUGCUAUCCUGCUUCCUCGGGCUAGCGUUGUAUGCUUGGUAUGCCGGCUGUGAUCCACUUCUUACUGGACAGAUCAAAAAACAUGAACAGCUAGUACCACAUUUUCUGAACAAUUUAGCCGCAAUGUUUCCGGGUAUAUGCGGUAUAUUUAUAAUUUCAAUUUUCAGUGCAACAGCUGGAUGUAUUGCCUCUCUUAUAAAUUCUAUAUCAGGAGUUCUGUUUGAGGAGUUUAUCAGACCUUGGAUGCCUCAAAACACAAGCGAAUUAACGUGCUGCAAAAUAAUGAAAGUUUUGUGCGUACUGGUUGGAUUUUACUGCGCGGGUGUUGUAUGGGCAGCCAAAGAAUUGGAUCGCCUACAACAUGUUGCAUCUGGUGUGACAGGUGUAACAGCUGGAACACUUUUAGGACUAUUUACUCUUGGGAUUGUAUUUUCUAGAGCUAAUUGUUCAGGCGCACUGAGCGGGUGCCUGCUGAGUCUGUUGCUCUGCGGCUGGCUGCUCAUCGGCGCCGACCACGCGCUUGCCACAGGGGCAUUGACCUUUCAGGGCAAGCCGCUACUUACCACAGGUUGUGGUAAAGCGAAUUUUACGCACAUCCUAGCAAAUAUCACAACAAUUAUUCCCAACGCAGCAACUCAGCUACCAGCAAAACCGUUGCAGUCUCUAUUUCGUAUAUCAUUCACGUAUUGUCCAUUCGCUGGUGCGAUUUCUGUUCUCCUUAUCGGAGUACCAAUGAGUUAUUUGACUGGCAAAUCAAAAACUGAUUCAAUGAACCCAGACGUCUUUUGUCCACUCACUCAGAGUUUUCUACACAAGUCAAUGUCAAGGAGUCCUUCAGAAUCCAUAGAAAUGAGAGCCCCGGACACACAAGAAGUUUAUAUGGCGUUAGACGAGGCUCUAAAGCAUUUAAAAGAAGUUAUAGAAAGAUAGUAUUAAAUGUUAACAUUUUUUUA